UCAUUUCAUCAAUGUUUUGUUAUGACGUUGUCACGUUAAACUAUCGUCCGUAAACCAACUUUACAGACAACCAACUUUUUUUUUAAAAGUGACGAUUGUAUUUCGUAACUACUAAACCAUCAUCAGACGUGGUCAAGCAAAAUUUCCGCAAUGUUUUGGAUGGCAAAGGCGAGGUUAAAAAGUGACUUCAACUGCGUCACCCCAUGUCGUCUCCUGACAAUUCCUAUCUCCAUUCUUUUAGCAUUAACCUUUAUACAGCUGCGGUUUGCUUGGCUAACCAGUCGUUAACCAGGGCGACUUCAACAGCAAGAAUAGCCAACCCACUCCCAUCAACUAAUAACCUCCAUGACACGAAUCUACCGCACAUCUUGAAUGUUCAGUUCACUAGAGGGCAAACGAAAGACGUGUUACAUUUAUUUGCCCUGGGAAUCAGCAAUUUGCUUUCCGGGGCUGAGAUUUGCAUUUGUCGUUUCGUGAGCUUCCAGUUGAAGCGAGUCGGUCGUCAGUUGUUGCAUUUAUUGGAGCUGUUACUGCUCAUCUACGAACAUAGUUUCAUGUAACUAUCUAGACCAGUGACUCGCGGUGAAAAAGUGUUUGUUAUGCCCAGAUGUGAUUUGGAGUUUCUUUUCUGAGGUACUUAACAAGAGUCUACGCGAGCUUACAAAAUUUUAACUUAGAAGUUGGUAUUUAACAAAAAAUGAGUUUGCAUUGUAAAAUACAUGUAUAUAUUAAGUGAUAUAAAAUAUAAUUAUCUUUGAAAGAUUUGUGCGAUGGGAGUGCAUGACUUGAUGUAAGCUUUUGGACAUACGCCAUUGCUAAGCACAUGUAUGUCUGUAGAAGAAAACUACAAAAAACACAACAGUUGAAACGAGACAAAAACACGACAAAACGAAAAGACGAAACAAACACAAUAGUUUUCCAAAACAAAGGAACGAAAAAAACCCCACAACUGUUGUGCUGAAUUUUUUUUUGUGUUCAACAUUUUUGAUGCUGUCAUCAUUUGUGAGGGUUUUUUCGUUCUGAUAGUCCAUUUUUCUUUGUUUUUCUUUGUUGACCAUAUUCCUGUUAUGGAAUAUUAUGUGGUGUUUAUAUCCUGUUGGCAACAGCAAUGUUUUGCUUAAUUUGUGUUUUUGUCUUUUGGGUUUUUUGUAGUUUUCUUUUACAGACAUACAUGUGCUUAGCAAUGGCGUAUGUCCAAAAGCUUACAUCAAGUCAUAUAAAAUAUUGUUUUUUACGUGAGUUGCGUUACAUGUGAUAAAAUACGUAAUCUCGUUCUCUGUCAAGAAUUUUUUCCUUACAAUUACAAAUCGUGAAGCACUCUAAAGACUCGCGAAUGCCCAGGAAAAAUAAACAUAAAUUCAAGCGUUUCAGACAAAGUAACGGAUUACUUGGUACACAACACGAAUCUAGUAAACAGUGUUAACUAUUUUUUACCGAUUGAAUACAUUGUUCAUGACAAUUUGUUUUUUAAAAUUUGAUUACUUAAAGUCCAAUACGAAUUAUAAAACCCGCCAUAGAGGCACCACUGAAGAAUUUUUAUGGGUGACGUAAACCUCAAUUUUACUAAUCGUUUUAUUUGUGUAUAGCGAGAAGUUAUUCGAAAAAAUUAUCCAUAUGGUAAACUACGUAUACAUGUCAAUAUUUGUUUAUUAGCUAUUUAAUUAUUUAUUCAUUACCGAAUUGGUGGCGGAAGUUUUUAGGUCAUUCUCUUACACUCAACAAUUUGACCUAAUACAUCACAAUCGGCGUUACAUAAACGUACGAAAAUACUAAACUUAACUUAGCUAACCAAAUAACUAAAAUCCAAACUAUCAAAGAACAUAAACAAAUAUAAGUAAAAACCAUAUUUUUUUUUAAAAUUAAUACAACAAUGGAACAGAAAGUUAUAUAAACACAUUAAACAUGCAUAUCUACAUGGACUUUUGCCAAUAAAUUAACCCGGCUGUGGUUAUGGAAUCAUUGAACAAGGUAUUUCGCAACUUAACUGAAGAGUUUCUGUGCCUAGUAACUCUGGAAGUAUCCAGUAAACCCGAAUUCUGCAAGGUUAUUGCUUACAGGAAAUGGUACGUCAUAAAAAUGUUACGAGUACAAGAUAACAAUGACGCACCACGAAUCUAACGCAAUGUAAACCUAGGUCGAUUGUAAAAAAAUUCUAAUCAUAAUGCAAUUUGGGAAUCGUUAACUCACAAGGAAAAAAAAAAUUUCCUUCCUACUUUGACAGUUUGUUUUUAGCAUAAAUAAAUGUAUCUAAACAUUCUCAUUGUUUUUGUGUAGAAAUAUAACAAUUUAAAUCGUGACGAAAACACGAAACAAGAUCGUAGUUAUCAUAUGCACUAAUGUUUAUAUCCCACUUCAUGCACAGAAACAGGAAAUACAAGCCGAAACGAAAGAAAUGCAAAUGGCCAUUUUCUUGCUUCACGUUGUUGCAAGGUUAUAAACGGGUACCAUGAAUCAUGGAAGUAAGAAGUCAGGGAUUGGGUGUGUGCAAACUUUCUCAUGUUAAUAAUUGAAGUAAAAAUGAGAACAUCCCUUUUUUUUUUCCUUCGCAUCUGGAUAGUAAAGCAUCUGUGGUUAAAAUUGAGAUCAAUGCUUAUUUCUACGAUGACAUUUUUACGAUUCUUCAUAACAAGUUUCUUUCAAGAUAUUUACAAAAGUUUAAUAUGAGCCUUUAUGCAGCUAUGGUUUGUUUUGCUAUACAACUGCUAAAACAUCGCAAUUUAUAUGAUACCUACACUUAUUCCACUAAAAAAAAAAAUGUGUUGUAUUAUCGGCAUAAUUUAUAAAAAAACGCUUUCGCGCAGACCGGGUAAAUAACUAUGGUUGCCUAACGUUGGUGCGUGUUUAAACAAUGACGUGUUUCGCGAAUUGUCAACUAGAAAAUGAAAAAAAAAAAAAAAAAAACCUUUCAAGCAGACAGCUGAGGAAUUAUAUUUGUAGUUCAAUAUAAUACACUACGUGGAUUCAAUUGUGAUUUGAACAAGUUACAAUAAUUAUUGUACACGUGAUUUGUAAACGCCAAAUUUUUUAAAGUAUAAAAACUAGACGCCUUACUCAAGUAAACGACUUGUUAUUAUAAAUGCGCGUAUAGAGAUGCCCUUUCAAUUAAGGCUCAAUUAUUUCUCCUAACUAAAUCCAACAUCACUUGUACUAUCACGUGAUAGUCUAUCACAUCAUUCCAGUCUUAAAAAACUAUGCUUGGCUGUGGUUAAAGAAGGGAUCAUAAUUUACUCCGAUGUGUUUUUUGGUAGUCAGUGUUAUUUAUAAUAAUGAAAAAAUAAUUCAUGAGAUAUGUUCAUCGCACAAGUUUCUAUGUUUAUUGUUAAUAAUAUUUAACAAUCUCAUUUAUCUUGUAAUAAUUCAGAACGGUUCAAAAUUGUAUGCUACGUUUGGAGACAAUGGUGGUGGGGGGGAUUUUUUUUUUUGCAUAGCUUCGUAUAAUUAUUCAGUUAAGCCUGGUGGCUAAGCCCGACGAUUGGUUCUCGAAUACUCAACCACUUCUCUCCUAUUGGCUGGCGAAGGGACCAAUGCACGCCCCUACAUGAAAGCACGAACAUCGAUAGGGUGCGUUUGAAAAUAUAACGUGUUUAAUAGUAUUAUUGUUGGGUACUCUUCUAGAAAAUCUAUUUUGUAUGAACUUCAGUGUAAAUACAGCACGUCGCGUCGCUCAAUGGCAGUUACAGGACCACAAGGCUCAAUAUUUAAUAAGAAAUCCCAAAUGACCGAGCGGAACCUAUGCGGGCGUCGCAACACGGGCCGAGCGUGCGUGGUUGGGUCCAGUGGGCGGAGCCAGCGUGGGGAGGGGCGGGGCUUGGGGCCCGCCCGGCGCUCCGCGAAUGCGGGAACCGGCAAAGAUGGCGGCAGAACAUUGAACGAAUCGUUACGGAGCGGUCGACCGACGUGGACGGGAGCGACCCACCCAGCUCGCCGGCUCGGAUGCUAGUGACAGUAGCACCUCCACCGGAACUGCGGUUUUGUUUCUGCUGCUAUCGAUAGGACGGGUCCAAUAACCCGUGGUGCCCCCUGUGAGAUGAGAAAGUUACCAGCGCACAACAAAGGUGAUAAGUCGAGUUCCCCGCGCGUAACCCUUCGACUACAACAUAUCAAAGUAAAAGAUGAGAAAAAGGCAUCCAAAGCCGCUGCAUCUGAAAUAACGUCAUUCGAUAACAGGGUCCAGUUCACAGUCAACAUGGACCCGAAGGAGGAAGUGUACGAAGUGAAGGGGGGCGCCAAGGAGACGGCAGACUCCGACAAGACGCCGCAGCCGGACAGCACUGCGGUCCAGGAGUCUGGGGAGGCUUCGAGACCAGACACCACUCCCGACCCCGCGCAGCCCGGCAAGAGGAGCUUCGCGGACGUGGCGGAGGUAGCGGGGGACGACGCGGACGAAGAAAACAAGCGCAAGAAGCGGAAGGACGCGGAUGCGGGCAAGGAGAAUCCCAGGAACGGUAGCGGUCGCUUUGCCGGAGGGAGGAACGGCAGCGAGAAGGGCUUGAAAGCGCCGGGCGGUUCGAAGAACAGCAACACCAAGAGUGGUUACGGGGGCGUGCUGGCCGAUCGCAAAAGCCCGAACAGCGGGGACAGCAGCCCCAAACUCGGCGGCUCCUCCGGCGGAAACAAUGCCAAAACUACGAACGCCGAGGAAGAAGGCGAAAAUGAAGAAAGCCGGGGAAGUGCCAAAAGCGAAACGUCUUCAAACUCUUCAAAUAGUUCUUGGGUAGGUCCUAAGGUUCCGCCUCUGAAAAUCGUGAUCCCCCAGCAGACAUUGUCCACGGAACAAGAGCAGAGCACUCGCAACGGGAAGAACGGUGCAUCGCGACACCACGCUGCUCUGCCGUACGUGGUCGCCUCGUCCAACAGCAGCGAGCCCUCUCCCGAGAAGGAACCCGCCGCACAGACCUCGUCCGGUGGCACCGCCGGCCUGACGGAAGUCGGCGGAGGCGGAGGGCCCGCCAAGACGGACGAGAAGAAGGACCCGGUCCCGGGGGCCGUCUCGGCGGACGACAAGCAGUCGACGCACCACCAGAGGGUGCUGCGCAGCUCGCACCGCAACGGGGGUCCCGGCAACGGCUCGACGCCGGGAUCGAGUUCCUCGUCCAGCACGGCCGGGUCCACCGGCGCCGCGUCCCCCCCGGCGGUGGCCCCGGCGCCCGGGGAGGGGGGGUCGCCCCCGCGUCGCCAGACCCCGUCCCCCCAGGAGCAGGCCGCCCCCGCGACGGACGCCUCGUCGCCCGGUCCCUCGAAGGUGGUGCCCCCGGCGGCCGCCGCCGCCGCGGAGGAGAAGCCAGAGUCCCCGCCCCAGCCCCAGGCUCAGCCGCAGGCCCCGCCCCAGCCGCCGCCCCAGCCGGCUCCGCAGCCUCCGCCCCAGCAGCAGCAGCCGUCGCAGCAGCAGCAGCAACAACAGCAGCCUCAGCCUCAGCCGCAGUCGGCGCCCGCGCCCGUGGAGCUGCACCCGCGCAAGCGCAAGAUGAAGCAGAGCAAGGAGGGGCAGGGGGCGUCGUCCGCUGCCUCCAGCUCCGAGGCCGCCGACUCCAGCAGCGCCUCCACGGAGGUGCACCCUCACGAGCAGCCCAUCACCAACUGCUACCAGCUGUUCCUCAACAUCAGGAAGCAGAUCGAGCGGCGCAGGAAGGGGCUGUUCCCGGUGCAGCCGAAGCCGCCCCAGGGCUUCAAGGACUACCUGAUGAACCGCUGCACCUACGUGCUGGCGGGCAACGCCUCGUCGCGCAUGCCCAUCCCCAUCAUCUCCCCCCCGCAGUCCCUGCCGGAGCAGAUGAAGGAUCUGUUCGCGGAGCAGGAGAAGGAGCGCUACCGCCUGCGCAUGCAGCACGUGAUCGAGAAGGAGAAGCUGGUGCUGUCGGUGGAGCAGGAGAUCCUGCGGGUGCACGGGCGGGCGGCGCGGGCGCUGGCCAAUCAGGCGCUGCCGUUCUCCGUGUGCACCAUCCUCAAGGACGAGGAGGUGUACAACGUGAUCACGCCCGAGCAGGAGGAGAAGGACCGCAACGCCCGCUCGCGCUACAACGGCCGCCUGUUCCUCAGCUGGCUACAGGACGUCGACGACAAGUGGGAGAAGAUCAAGGAGGCGAUGCUGCUGCGCCACCACAACGAGGCGGAGUCGCUCCACGCCGUGCAGAAGAUGGACUGGGAGUGGAAGAUGAAGGAGCUGGGGAUCUGCGAGUUCAAGGCCAAGCCCGUCAUCGAGGAGCUCCACGUGCCCAUGGUGCACGUGAGCGACGACUUCGACCUGCUGCCGGCGUGAACCCCGCCCCGGCGACGGAGGCUCUGAACGUGCCUGCCCGAUAUCUUCCCUUGAUUGACGGUUCUGUUGUAGUUGUGGUUCUUCGCCGGUCUCGGGAGCUUUGGAGUUAUUUUCGUUUGAAAACCCAAGGGACCUCGCGCGGCUCCACGGAUGAACCAUGGAGCUUCCAUUCCGACUCGCGGAGGCCACCGUCCGUUUUUGAAGCGCAUCACGCGGGAGGGGCCGGUUUUUCCUUUGGGGACGGUGUCCAGAAAUUGUUUUCCUCUCGGGGUUGCAUGCUUUUAACACGAAACAGGAUUUGUUAGGUCUCUUUAUGCCACGUCAUUAGUUGCAGGUUUGAUAUUGAUCGCAAGAGAUAGAUUGAAUGUUUACAUCCCGUAAUCGAUUGACCUAGGACGUUUGAUGCUGUGGUAAUUAACAUUACUUGUCGAUACAGUUCUGAUUCAUUGAAUGACUUGGCGUUUGCAGUGGAGCGUAGGUCUUCACGUCCCCAAAAAGAUUAGUGCAGGAAGUCACUGCAGAGAUUGUAAUCAGUUGUUAUAAUUUUGUUUUUGCUAACACGGAGGUAUGCAAAAUAAGGAAAUGUUAAUUUAUUUAGCGGACAGGAAAGAAGUAGGCAGAUGUUUGCUGUCGAGCUGUUGUACAGACAUGCAAUACUUUUUGUUCGUCUGUGCACACAAAAUCUUGUGAGUUUUUCUUUAACCUUAAAUGGGGCAUUAGUUAAUUUCUCAUCACAAGUUCACUGCUAUGCUGAAUAUCGUGGGAGAGUUACAUAGGCUGUUAAGUGCACUAGUUGAUUUUAUCCUGUGGCCAGACUAUCAGACUGUGGUUGGCUGAAUGACCACUUUAGACUUUUGCAUGAAGAGGUUUCAUAGCGAAGAGUUACCAAUUGAAGGGGGGAGGCUUGAAUCCCUUCAAAGACAUUAUUUAAAAUUAUAUCAUUAUUUAGUUUUUGGCAGUGUUCGUACGUAUGUAGAGUAAGAUGAUGUGAGUGAAAUGUGAUAAAACAAAUACGUGUUAAUACACCAUGUAACGUUGGACUCAACAAAUAAAAUCAUAAACUCUGGUCUACCUAAAGUAGUAUCCUGACUGCUCGGAAAUUGACAUGCCCUUGGUUUUAUUUCUAGGACAAUAUCUUUUUAAAAAAGGAGAUUUCAGUGUUUUUGUUCUUAUUAAUAGGUAUGUCUUUAUUCAUUAAAAAUUUUGUUUUAUUCAACAAAAUUAAACUAUAGUAUUUUUUAAUACUUAUUUUACCAAAAGAAUCUCAUUGUAAUUAACACCUGAUGCAGUUUGUACAGUACACUCAUUAGUAGUAAGCGUGUCUAACAGAACUACUCAUAAAAAUAAAAAUAAAUGCGAACUUUUUGUGUGUUGGAACAUAUUCUAUCAUUAAUGUAAAAACUAGUUACUAAUGUAAGGCAUGCAAGUUCAAACAAAAUAAUAUCAAUUUUUUCAAACCCAUUAUAGUAAAAAAUUCAUGCUAAAUAAAUUAUGUACAUUCUAUUAUUUUAGAAUGAUUAAACAUUAGGUUUUUAUAAUUUGAGUUAAGUUGUGUCAAAAGGCUGAUUUAUUUCAUGUUUCUGGUUAAAUUUUGAUGCUAAGUAGUGUAUUAAUUUGCAUUUUGGUGUUAAUUUCUUGUAUUGGCAUGCUUUGCGGUGUUAUUUUGGUUUUAUCGCGAUUCACAAUAUAAUCUCGUCCCUAGUGAUCUGUGUGCAAGACGUCACCAGUCUGGAUGCCAUGAGCCGUGGCAAUAGGUUGUGUGCGUGACUCGUGUUGAAAUAUUUUUUGCUAUUUUAUUUUUACGUCUUUUUGGUGGCGAAGCGAUUAAAAAAAACACAUUUUGUUACACUAAUCUGCCCAUAAUAAAUUUACUGAUUAUGUUAGAUUGGCUCAUGGUUUCAUUGUAAUAGUUACUGCUGUGAUUUGUGUGGGUAAAAUAUUAACGGUUAUUGAGCUGGAUGUCACUUUAACUUCAAUUUCCAAAAGUUUUUGCUAACGUACAUUUUAUUUUUUGACGCCUUGCUUCACUUUAUGUAGUCUUACAUAGUUGAAGAUUGUACAGUUAAGAUAUUUGGAAAUUGCUUCCUAAUCUAAUAUUCUGCACGUGCCUGCUUAAGGUACCUCGUAUUUAACUGAAUAUGAUUCUGUAAUUUUUACCAGAUCUGCGCAUUAUACGUACCUGGAAACUUGUAUUAUGCCAUUGGGAAGGAAACUACAGGCUUUUUUCUCUUAAAUGUGUCACUUAUGCCACUUCAGACUUGUUUUAAUUACUGCCUCCUGAACCUCCACUUAGUUGAAGAACUACACGCUCUGCCUGUAAACUGCAUCGCUUACACCACUUUAGUUUGGGGCUUGCUGGACCUCAGCGCGAGUGAGACAGAUGAGAGAUGCAGGAUGAAGGAGAGGGGGCAAAUGGAGUUAAGUCACUGGGUUCUCACUGCUUAGUCCACAUUCGUUGCUUUCUGAACAGCGACUUUCGAACUACAGUCAUAAAAAAGCAAUUGUUUUGUCUAACUGCAGCUUGGUGUUUUAAAGGGAGGCCAUGUAAAUCACUCAACUUAAUGAAAGUGGCACCAGAAGGGGUCUAGUGAGUAUGGAUUAAAUUUAAUAAUUUACAUAAUAUAAGUGUUACUUUCUUGAAUUGUGAUUUCCAACUCGUAAUCUUUUUCAUAAACUCAUAAUCAGAACAUUUAGGGGUCUCAUUAUAUUCAGUCUCUUGUUAUUUUUGGGUAGAUACUUUAUUUUGUUUAAUUUUUAUUAUUAUUAACAGUACAUGUAAAAAUGAAAAAAACAAAACGCAAUAAGAAAAUAUUAUUUAAAUACAUAUCCAGAAAAAGUUCUUACUUUGGUUCACUACUAGGAAUUCAUAGGCACGCUUAAGCAUUAUGAGAUUAUGCUAAUUUAACAACUUGGAUACUAAAUAGCUGCAUCCGUCAUGAGUCAAAAGAUACUGUUGUCACAGUGCCAUUGGCAAAUAAGGCAUUGCAAAAUAAUUGUUAAUUUCCAAUUUGGGAACGUGGUCUGUAUCCAAACUUGCUGCAGUAAAAUCCUCUGGAAAAAAUUUCCUGUUUAAUAAGUUUGAAAAAUGUAAAAUAUUAACUUAAAAUACCUACAAUUUAACCAUCUUUAUUAGUUCUGCCUGUGAAUUAGUCUAAAUUUCUUAGUACCUCAAACUUUUAACAGGUGUUAACUAUAUUUGAGUACAUAGUAUGUUAUUAAAGGCUUUGGCAAAAGAACACACAUUGUUUCUGUCUGUCAUGAAGAAAGUUUUGCCAGAAACCUUGCUGAAAAAAAUUUGUUUGUUCAAAGGCUGUAAAGUUGGAAUUGUGAAUGUUAAAUUUUUGUGUUUUGUAGGUGUGUAGCAAUACUUAUUUUAACCAUUGAAGAACACAUUUUCUUUACAUGGAAAUUAAAAUGGUAAAUAUUUUGUAAUGCUUUGUAAUGGUGAUAUCCAUAGCAUGUUCCAGCUAAUCUGAACGUAUUUUGAUAUGUUUGCCAAAGGAAUAAUCUUGGCUGAAGCUAGACUAUGCACUGUAACAAAUAUUGUUAUGAAAUUCUAAAUAAAUUUUUAAAGCCCA